AUGCAUUGUUUGAACCUCUACAACACUUACGCAGCUAGUCUUGAGGGCACCUAUGAUGUUGGAGGUGCUCAUCAAAAUAGCGGUAGCUUCGAGAUUUAGACCAGGCCUUUUCUCGCUGCACCACGUCAGUUUUUUUUUAUUUUGCUAGCUUAACAAGGGCCCAACCACUUCGGGAUCGCUGGGGCCAUCCCGAUAGCUUGGCAGUGAACCCUCGGAGCCGGACUCCCCUCCCAAUUGCGGAAUGCGGACUCUACAGGCGUUCCCAGUGGAGUCCGAACCCUUGGGAGGCUUGGAUCGGGCGUGCUCUGGAGGGGCGUCAAAAAGGGAGCCAUCAAAAAGGCCCCCGUUUGACAUCCCAAACGGCCCGGGUCAUUUGGCGACCAUUUUGGGCCAAAAAGGGCCGCCUAAAGGCACCCCCGAGCCCCCACUAGGUGGCGGCCCUCGCAAAACGGCCCGGCAGCUUUUUUUCAAGAAAAGGGGCGCAAAAUGCACCCAAAAUGACCCGGCACAUUUUUGGCCAAAAAGUGCUGCUUUCGGGCACGCCUUGCCUGGCUCAGACCUCCUCUGCGUCGGAGGUUGGCCCCAUGGACGGCGAGCCAGGUAUCCUUGGCGGCUGCCUCUCUGCGAAUGUCGACGAGACCGAAGGCCUACAGCCAUGGGGUGGCCGGGGUGUCUGGCUGUACGCCAGUCCGUGCACUUGGCUGCAUUUUUCAAAAAAAAACAUACGUGCUGCAACGAGAAAAGUCCUGGUCUAAGAAAUCGCUCGCCUGCGUGUUCAGGACUUGCGGUUUUCGCAGUGUGAUGUCAGCGCCGAGUGGAAGGAUUUCGAACGGCUUGGCACCUUGGCUGAGCUGAUUGCGAAAGCAAGAAACGAACAUAUUGAAACCCCAGAGGAACUAUUCGGAUGGGGCAGGAACAUGAGCAGCGAGUGUGAAGGCCACCAAGGUGGUACUUCUACUCCUGACUCUUCCUGCGAUGGGACUUUAAUCGAAGUCGUGGCGGUAGGUCAUAAGUACUAUGCGGUCUCUAACCGACGCACAAAAGUGGUAAAAGACGUUUUCCCUGGAGAAACGACCCUUCCCGUCAAAUUGUACAAGACGGCUGAUGCCUACGGUGUGUGGGCGUUUCUUGCGCAUUAUUCCACAGUUAACGAUGGGGAAAGCGUGGUGGUCAUUCCGCGUGAGGAGAGAAAGCGUGUUGGGGGACAGCAGAACACGCGCGCUCCCCCUGGCGCAUUUUUCACGCAACGAUGCAUUAGAUUACGAAGUGAAGCCGCAAAAAAGGAACUGCGAACAGAAGCCGACUCGCUGAAAAAGCGUUACAACCUGCACAGCGUUAACUUCGUGCGAGAUUGGAAAGGAGGACUCGUUUGUUCGAUAGCAGGCCUCUUCUUGCCAGAUGUCCACCUCGCUGGAGGAUACAUCUGGGAGCGAUUUGGGAAGCAGUGAGUCUUAGAAUUAGAAACUUAGCUGAUGAAGCCAUUAUAUUUAGAGAAGAAAUCCUCGAAGGUGUGACGAAACAGACGAAUCGUCUGCAAGAGGAGAACAGGAAUCCGGACAUUGACUUUGACAACUACUGGUCAUGAAAGAAUCUGGUAUUGAAAAAAUUCUGUGAAGAGAAGACGUGCAUGUGAUUUGGUGGGGGAAAGAAACAAUAAACAUUGCACGCAGCAUACUUUGCUUCGGUGAGAAAAAGAAUCCUACAAAGUUUUUCAAAGGCAGUUUUUCCUUUUUCAGAAAAUUAUGAGAUUCCAAAUUAUGUAUACUCGCCCUGAUCAUCACAGAAAGAAAGAAGAGCCAUGCGCGGCCAAUGUACGAUCAGAUUGCGCCAGGAGCGCCUCAUUUCAAGAAAUCGUAAUGUUGACACUAUCCAUCAUCGCGUCAGAUCGUUCGGCCUCUAAAGUCCAGGACAAGGACAGAGAUUGGCCCUCAUUCAGGUAUAAUCUGGUUCCUCGCCCCCGUUCCAGUCUCCCUUCUUCCAUUCGUUUCCCUUUUUAUUUGUUGCCAGAAAACAAUAAA